UUAAUUAGAUUUUACAAAAUCAUCAAAUUGAAUAAAGAAGUUAACCAAAAUGUCACGGAAUCAAUUACCAGAUUCAUCCUCAUCGCCACCCAUAAGCCAUUUACCAUAUCACAAUUUUGACGAUGAUUUAAUCAAUGAGCUGCCAUCCUGCAUAUAUGCGGGUCAACAUNAGUGGAAGCUCUUCCUAAGACAUGGUUAAAGUUGCAUAUUGAUUCACAUGGCUCAUUAAUUAUAAGUUUAGAAUAUUUUAUACAUUCAACAACAUAGUGUAAUAAUUCAUUAUUAUUUCAUUUCAGAAAACAUGCUCGAUUCUUCUACAAAUUCUAAUAAUCUGGUGUCUCUGAACUCAAAUAAUGCCACACCAAUGAUGUGCAAUAGUCCAGCGGCGACCAGUAGCGGCGGCGGAGGUGGUGGAGGCGCAAGCGGUGGCGGUGGCGGAGGCGGAGGUGGUCCAGGACCUAGCACAGCAGGAGGAGCCUCGAGUGGAAGCUAUGGUGCAGCCGCUGCAUCCAGUUACAAAAUCCAACGGCAACAAGCAAAUGUGCGGGAAAGGAAACGCAUCCAGAGGUCCGCACCAACUGGUAGUAUAAAUUCCGCAUUUGAUGAGUUAAGGGUCCAUGUGCCCACAUUUCCCUAUGAGAAGCGUCUGAGCAAAAUCGAUACCUUGCGCUUGGCCAUUGCCUACAUAUCACUACUACGUGAGGUGCUCCAAACUGAUUACGAUCCACUGACCUAUGUGGAGAAAUGUCUACGCGGUGAAAUCAAAGCCGACCGAGCCAAUUGGAAUACAAGUGAUCUAACGGCACGUCUCUCCUGGAUCAAUUGGGAGAAUCUGGGCGUCCAUCCAGGACGACGCACUCUCCUCACAUCGUUAGCAUUGUCUUCGGAGCCAAUGUGUGGUGCACAUUGCGGUAUGCCAUAAGCUUAUUGCGAUUCGUUAAAAUAAGCAAUUUGUUUUAUGCCAACAAAUGUUUGU